AUGACCCGUUCCGCUACCCCAGAGUGCCCUACGACCUGUCUACCCACCGCCAACUGCAAGUGCGGAACAAGCGGCAUUCCUGGAGGUCUCGAUGCGUCGGUCGUUCCCCAGUUCAUCGUCCUCACCACCGACGAUGCGGUCACCCUGAAGACCAAAGCAUCUCUUCUCCAGAUCACCGACAACCACGUCAACGACAAUGGCUGUGCCAUGCCUGCAACGUGGUUUGCUCCAGUUGACAAUACAAGUGUCUCGCUGGUCCAGCAGUUGUUCGUGAAAGGUCAUGAAAUCGCCACGCAAACGAUGAGCGGCACCUCAGUGGCUAGCCUGGAAGAGAUUGUCGGGGCCAAGACUUGGUACAAUCAGACGGCCAAGCUACCCAUGGAGAAAAUCCAGGGGUUCCGCGCCCCAUACCUUGCCUUCUCACCCGAGCAGCGUGCCAUCCUGUCUAACAACGGCUUCAGGUACGACUCCUCCAUCUCGGAGUCCUUCCCAUCCACCACAUCUCCAAGCGCCACAAACCUGCUGUGGCCCUACACCAUGGACCAUGGCAUCCCACAGGUCUGCACGACCGGGGUGUGCAGCUCUGACGAGGUGUAUGCGGGUCUCUGGGAGUUCCCAGUGUGGGAUACCCAGAACAGCGACGCAAGUCUGGCGGGCACGAUGAACCCCCAGGGCGACCUCUACUCCCUGUACAAGCUGGCGCUUGACAACCGCCGCUCCGGCAACCGCGCGCCGCUGGGCGUGUACGUGACGGCGGCCUGGCUGGAGGCGGAGCCCGAGCGCCUGACCCAGCUGAACGCUUUUUUUGACUACGCGGCGGCCCUCCCCUACACCUGGCUGGUGACCAUCUCCCAGGUGCUGGACUGGAUCAACGACCCCACCGUGGCCACCAAGUACGCACCGACCUGCCUGUCCCCCGCUCAGCUCCUGGCAGAGCUGCCUGGGGUGAAGAUCUGCACCCAGCCCAAUGUCGGCUGCUCCUACGGGACGUGGGACUCGGACCAGUGCUUGUGCAUCUGCCAGGGCGCGGAGUCGACUACCGGGGGCUACUGCAGGGACGCUGUGGGGUCCUGCACAGUUGCCAAGGGCUACGACUUUGCGAGCAACAAGUACAUCUGCCCCAUAGGCACCCUCCCCCCCAGCCCGCCCCCAUCACCUCCCACAGCGGUGGCCAGCCCCGUGUCUGGACCCAGCUGGGGGCCCGCUGAGUCCAUAGCCCCGGUCCCUGCCCCUACCCAGGUCUCUCCCUCCAUACAGCUUUCAGACGGGCUGUGCGGGCAUGACCUGCUGUCCUUUGCCGGCCUGACCAUUUCCGGGUACGAGUCUCUGAACGAUGGCUAUGCCGUGGCCAUCAAGGCGCUGGACGGCAGCUGUGAAACCUGCGCCAUGGCCCCCGUGACGGGGACCAUCAGCUACAUCUCCAUCGACAUGGGGUACAGCGUGACGCUGUCCAGUGUCUCCAUCCGCUCCUCCUACGACGUCCUGACCGGGGGCCUGCCAUCCCCUCCCCCUGGCAAGAUCCCCAGCCCUCCACCAUCGCCUGGCUCCAGCCCCAACCCACCCAGCAGUAGCGGGGGCAAGUCCAGCGUCGGGGCCAUCGCCGGUGGCGUGAUCGGAGGGCUGGUGGCUGCCGCGCUGCUGGUCUGGCUGAUCAUCGUGGUGCGCCGGCGCCGGCAGGCCGCCGAGGGCGAUGGUGACAUCCCCGCCGACCCCAAGACCCCUCCCAGGCCCACGGCUGCCAGCAAGGCCAAGGAGACGAAGCAGCCCCGCCGGCGCGGGCCUGCCAUCAACAGCAUCGCGAAGACUCUCCCCGCCGGCGCGACUGCCACCCUGGACCCCCAGUCGGCCGAGAAGCCCACCAUGUACACGUCCCCACUGCGUGACUUUGCCAAGAGCAUGGAGGCCGCAACCCUGGCUCAGGCCAAGGACGUCGAGGCCCAGGUGGACCCCCCCUCCAAGGAGUAG